AUGUUUUGGUGUCGUAUUCAAGCCCUGCUGGCAUGCCUCGCGGUCACAUCUGUUAUGGUCGCAGCCUCACCUUCAUUCGUCUUGGACCAAAAUCUUUUUCGCCGCAUCAACAAAAACUCUAAGACUUCCAACCAAGAUGGCGACCCCGGUAUUUUCCCCGGAGGAAAGAGCUCUUUUCUCCGCGACGGAUGGCGUGUGCUUCCUCCUAUCGAGGGUGCCUAUAUUGACAAUUCCACAUUUAAGGUCGACGAUAAGGGCUCUUUUCUUACUGCCUACGUCACAAAAGACUACAAUGCCUCCAAGAUCAAGCGAGCUGUCAUUCAAGUUCACGGUAUGUACCGUGACUCUUGGAACCAGUUCACAUAUGUCAGUAAUUCUUUGAAGGCCGCUGCGAGUCGUCAAGUCAUUCAAGAAGAUGAAGCUUUGAUUAUUACUCCAAUGUUUUUCUCUAUUAUGGAUAAGGGUGCAUACCCAGUGAACAAAAACAAUGUCAGUAGCUCCAAGGCACUCGUUUGGGAUGAUCACACCUGGGGCGAUUGUCAAAAUGCUGUGCUUCCCUCCUACAACGAUGAUGGUGAGCUUGCUAACCCUUCGUAUAGCGCGAAGAGGUCGGAUAUUCCUGUGGAUGAUUUGAGCGAACAUGUCGAAGGCAAGCGCGCUUUGGCUGAGACUUCGCGGGCUAAAGCUAAGGCAAAGGGCCCUGAAGCGUCUGCACCUGACGCUUUGGACUCAAUUAUUGAUUUUCUUUCUGAUGAGAAGAAGUUCCCGAAUCUUGAAAAGAUUGUGUUGUCUGGAUUCAGUCUGGGUGCCCAAUUGAUGAAUCGUUAUCUUGCGAUGCGUCCUAGCUCGCCGCAAGACUCGAAGUUACUCUUUGUUAUCUCGAGUCCUGCGUCUCUUAUGUAUUUGACCCCCCAUCGUCCUUUGAAGGUACCCAAAGACUGCCCGCGCUACAACAACUACAAGUACGGUUUAGACGGUCAUAUGCCCGACUAUUACAAACGUCAUAAGAAAGACGACUCGGUGAAUGACAUGCGUAAGCGCUACGUAGAGCGCCAGCAGUUCUACUUUGUCGGUAUGGACGACACAACUGACACCGACACUAGGUGCGAAGCCCGGACGCAAGGCCAUGGUCACUUAGAGCGCAUGGACAACUGGAUCAAAGAGCUCUCGAAUUUGUUGGAGUAUAGUGACAACCAAAACCUUGAUGAUACUGUCGGUUAUUACCCAGUGAAGAAAGUAUCCCAUGAUAUCAACUCGAUUCUGCAAACGGAACAAGCGCAGAAUGUCUUUUUCAAAUUUAAUUCCGGUAAGGAUAUGUCCAUUCCAGGUCGUCAUGAUAAAAAUGAAGCAUCAUGCAUGAGUACGCAUUCGAUGUUGAUGAAGGUGUCGAUAUUGGUGUCCUUGUUUACAAUAAUUUUCGCCUAA